CGCGGUAAAUUUUUCACGUUCCCGCCAUCAUCGGGAGGCGUAGUGCGCGCGAGUCCUCUGUCAACAGGAGAAGCUGCAGGUGAACGCCGGCUAAAACAAACUUUGGACCACCGGAGGACGCUCCGAAACGACAUUUUUCAUGCGAGGAUUCGGAGACGAGCGCAGGCCGACGGCAGGAUUUCAUUGACCACAACCUCCAAAGAGCACCGACUGGAUAUUAAGCCAUGGCAACCUCCAAGCCCAAGCUCUCCAGCGGCUGUACUGUUAAGAUUCGCUUCCGCGGCUCUUACUCUGGUACCACACGGUGGAAAGAAGGAACUUUUGAGAUCCUGGAAAAGGACAACAAAGUGAAUCUCCUCAUAAGAUUCAACUGUGGCGGGGCAGCCAAAACCUUCCAGCUGAAUCAGAACGUGAAGGGGGUAUAUACAAAUAUGACCCGGAUAACCGUCAAUCUGAAGGAAGGUGGCAGUGUUACCCUGGACAAAAUGCCUUCAGCUUUGACCCAGAGGACGAAAGACUACCUGGAGAAGCUGAAGCAAGGAAAAACAACGGUUUUAAAAUCAUCCCAUGGAAGUGCAAACUUCAGUGUGCUGACCCGGCGCUCCAUGAAAAAUGAAACCAGUUCCUCUGGAGACAGACAGACAACAACAAGACGGCAAAGUGCAGAGGGGCGGGAAGACUCCACGCCACGGAAACCACUGGGCAGCCCGAGCAGAGCGGCCUCCACACCUACUCGAUCUGGACUCUCCGAGAAUAGGGGUGAAAAAAGAAAGCGACUCCUGAACUCUAAAAGUGACUUGACUGAGGACUACCCCAAGGAAAACGACUCCUCAAGCAACAACAAGGCCACUUCGGACCCAUCUCGGAAGUUUUUACUAAGUUGCAAAGAAAAGCUAAAGCAGGCAGAGGAAAACCGGAGUUUAGGUCCGCUGGCUUCAACUCCCCUACAGCCAACAUCAUUCUAUGGCAGUCGAUCUGUGACUAAAGAUUAUGGCCAUAGCCAUUCUUUUACAGACAGGCCAUCAAGUACAUCACAGACUCCCCCAGCCAAACGUACUCUUCUACUGCCGAAUCACUCCACUCCUUUAAAGAAAGUACGUCCCUCCCAAGAUUAUGGUGGCUGGAACAAGCAGAGACCCUCAACUACGGCCCAGCAGCAGACUCCCCUGCAAGGAUUUUCAAAUUUGGGCAACACUUGCUACAUGAAUGCUAUUCUGCAGUCGCUCUUCAGCCUCCCUUCCUUCUCCAAUGACAUGCUAAGGCAGAGCAUUCCCUGGAAGAAGGUGCCCGUCAAUGCAUUGCUCAGGCGUUUUGCUCAUCUUUUGGCUAAAAAGGAUGUGGGCUGCCCGGAAACACAAAAAGACCUAUUGAGGAAAGUAAAAAGUGCUAUUUCCUCUACUGCUGAGCGUUUCUCUGGAAAUACACAAAAUGACGCACAUGAGUUCCUCAGCCAGUGUUUGGACCAGCUGAAAGAUGAUGUGGAGAAAAUUAAUAAAAGCUGGACAAGUGAAGUUGCAUCCUCAUCUGGGAUGUGUGAAAGUAGCCAUGAGGCAACAGCACACUCGCCGGCAACCAAGGCGGACCCCAGUGAAGAAGUGGACACCUCUCGCAUCUACACCUGCCCUGUGGCUGUUAAUAUGGCAUUUGAGGUGCAGCACACAAUCACCUGUAAAGGCUGUGGCGAAGUGGUGACCAAGCGUGAGCAAUUCAAUGACUUGUCCAUCGACCUACCUCGGAGAAAGAAUACCCUCCCACUUCGCUCUAUCCAAGAUUCUCUGGAUCUGUUUUUCAGGUUAGAGGAAAUUGAAUACCUUUGUGAAAAAUGCAAUGGAAAUGCAGCCAUGGUUACACAUAAAUUCAGCAAACUACCAAGAGUGCUCAUCCUGCACCUGAAAAGGUACAGUUUUAAUGCCCAGCUAUCUCUGAACAGCAAGCUGGGCCAACAGGUGGUCAUACCACGCUACCUGACCCUGCUCUCUCACUGCACCGAAUCCACAAGGCCCCCCAUCAGCCUGGGUUGGAGUUCCCAAACGUCCAGACCCCUCAAAACAUCCCAGUCCGUCAAUUCCUCGACAGCACUAGUGCGGAGGGUUGGUGGAAAGUUAGUCAGUUCCAACAACACAUCAGUCCUGGUGGAUUCGGACAGUGAGGAAGAGCCUAUUAGAAAGGUAAACGUUAGCCGCAAACGACAAAUCAUCUGCUGCCUGCCAGAAGAUGAGGAACGACUGGAAGAGCGGGGAGCACCAUUGGAUCCAGCACACUUUGGUGGUAUAAACGAUGAUGAAAUGCUAGAAGUUGCGCUGGAGAUUAGUCGUCAAGAGGCGGGUCUCUCCGCCACUCCAUCCCUUCCUUUGGAGGACGAGCCUACAAGCAGUCCAGACCAAGGUUUUGGGGACACAGACGCGCAUGACCUUGCUUAUCACACAGAGCUGCUGAACAGCGACACUAAACAGCCUACAGAUGUGUUGGAUUCUCUGGACUUGACCAUGGAUGAAAACAAAGAGAACCAAACUCCUGACAGUAUGCAGCAACAGGGGGAGCCAGAUUGGGUUCUGCAGUACAAUUUAGACCAGGAGAGGGAGGAGCAGGAGUUGCAGCAAGCGCUGGCUCAGAGCCUCAAGGAACAUGAAGCCCAAGAGAUGAGAGAGGAUGAUGAUCUGAAGAGGGCCACUGAGCUCAGCUUGCAAGAGUUUAAUAAUUCUUUGCCCGAGCUGUUGUGCUCUGAUGAUGAUUCUGGCAACGAAGACGUGCUUGACAUGGAGUACACUGAAGCAGAAGCUGAGAACCUAAAGAGAAAUGCGGAGUGUGGAGAUUUGGCCAAUUCUUUUCGACUCAUCAGUGUUGUCAGUCACAUCGGGAGCAGCUCGUCCUCCGGACAUUACAUCAGUGACGUGUACGACAUGAAGAAGCAGUCCUGGCUGACGUACAACGACCUGGACGUGUCCCGCACACAGGAAGCAGCCGUCCAAAGAGAACGUGACCGCAGUGGAUAUAUCUUCUUCUACAUGCACAAGGAUGUGUUCGAGCAGCUGUCAGAAACGGAGAAGGCCGGGGCGAGUAGCACCUCGGACGUGGGGCGGAAUGUCCUGCAGCCCCUCUGAGGUCUCCGUCUUUGUACCCUAACGGUAACACCUGAACAUAACUUGACUGGUGUUGCCUCUCAACAACCUAAGCUACUACUGAUUGCUGUCCUAUUGCUCGUUUGUGGCACAAGUUGUGUCCUUUUGCCAGGUUACAGUAACACCUGUUUUCUAACCAAGGUGUAAAACUGUCAUGACCAGCAGUUGCCAGAAAUGCAGUUAAACUUCAAAUGAACUAUGUUUCCUUCAUGUUUUGGGGGUUUCCGUUCUUUGCUAAAGUUUUAUCAACCAUCUGUUUUGUAAAUGUUACAUUUCUUUGUCAAUACAUAAUGAAAACGUUAAUGUCGUUGCCACACGUUCACUUAAAUACAGCUGUAAAAUAGCAGAUGUUAAUAUUGGAGCUUCUAUGUUUUUCUAACUCUUUAUUUCCUUUGUAAAGUAAAUAAAGAUACUCUAUGUUGGAUUAUGAUCUAUUAUAGAGUUAGAGGGUUGUUGUAUUUAGCGGGUACACUUGGUGCAAUAUCUGUCCUGGCACAAAUUGGUCAAUUGGACUUGCUGUGUGGAUUUCUUUUUUUCCCAGCUGCUUUUUGUGCUUCACGUAUUAAUUCCCAGCAAAGACCUGUCUUGAGUUUUGAUGUUGUGCCUCUUUAAUAUUUUAGACAAUGUACGUGACAAGCUUUACCUUGUUUUUCCAAUAUUUGUAACAAUUUUGUAGUCUGAUUUUUCUAUUUAUUGCAAUUUAGGAUUUAUUUCCUUAUGAAUCCUACUAGACCACCAGGGAAGCAAGAUACAGUAUGUUGUCAUACCCAAUUAAAGUCUCUUAACACACGUCCAUCCUUUCAAGUUAGUUUGCCAAUACAAUACUUUUCUUUCAUAGCUCAACAGUGACAGAGUUGUAACAAACUACUGGAACUUUGUAUAAACAAAGACAAAUUAUUAUUUCCA